AUGAAGAUGCGCCACUCGAUCCUCGCUCCCUUGGUCCUGGCUGGCGGAAGCGCUUCCGCGUCCAUGGUCUGCGACGACGAACUCGACGACCCCGUGCAAGUACCUCCCGGGGACGCAGGAUGGCCGUCUGCGGAUGCGUGGGCGCAGCUCAACGAGACCGUCGGAGGCCGUUUGGUUGCUACCGUUCCUUUGGGCAGCCCGUGUCACGGAGACGCUUACAACGCGACUGAGUGCGCUCUUCUGCAGGACGAAUGGCUCUACUCCGAGGUGCAUCAUGGCCCCCUGUUUGCCAACGCCAGCUGCGACCCCUUCACGGCUAGAGACGUCCCUUGCACCUUGAGCAACUAUGUUGUCUAUGCUGUGAACGCCACCGGGCCCGCGGACAUCCAGGCCGCACUCAAGUUCGCUGACCAGAACAACGUGCGCUUCAUUAUCCGUAACACGGGUCACGACUAUAACGGCCGGUCGACAGGCGCUGGUGCGCUGUCCGUCUGGACCCACUACCUCAAGGGCACCGAAAUCCUCGAUUGGGAGGAUGAGCACUACACUGGCAAGGCCCUCAAGGCUGGGGCCGGUAUUCAGGGGUUCGAGGCCAUUGCUGCGGCCAAUGAAGCCGGCCUAGUAGUCAUUACGGGCGAGUGUCCUACCGUCGGUAUUGCUGGAGGAUAUGUCCAGGUCGGCAUGCUAAUGAUACUCGAGGGGGGCGGUCACUCUGCGCUGAGCACCAUCUAUGGCUUGGCGGCCGACAACACCUUGUCCUUUGAGGUUGUCACUCCCACUGGAGACCUUGUUACGGCUUCGAAGAGCGAGAACGAAGACCUCUACUGGGCGCUGAGCGGCGGUGGCGGCGGCAACUACGGAGUCGUCACCUCCAUUACCACAAGAGCGCAUCCUGACGCCCCCAUCAGCGGAGCAAAGUUUGCAAUUACCGUUGCCGACAAUAGCACCUUGUACCAGGUGAUUGACGUGUUCCAUGCCGCUCUCCCCGAUAUCGUUGACGCCGGCCUGAUGGUAAUCUACUUUUUCGGGCCGGGCUUUCUCCAGUCUCCGGCCAUAACGGCUUAUAACAAGACCCAGGCCGAGGUCGAGCUGAUUUUCGCCCCUCUUAUCGACUCCCUCGCUCCACUAAACAUCAACCUUCAGCCAAACUACACCUCAUUCGACACCUACCGAGACCACUACAACAACUACUGGGGUCCUCUCCCCUCUGGAAACAUCCAGGUUGGCACGCAGCUCUUCGGAGGCCGCCUCAUUCCCCGUUCCGUGCUCCCGAACUUCGGCCCGACCGCGCAGCAGCUCGUUGAGCUUGGCGUGACCUACAUCGGCGUCGGCCUGAACGUCUCGCAUUUCGGCGGGGAUGGCGCCAACGCCGUGCUGCCGCAGUGGCGCGACUCCAUCGUGGCGGCCUCGUUGACGCUGCCAUGGAGCUUCGAGGUUCCCUUCGCAGACAUGCUGGCCGAACAGAACCGCAUGACGGAGGUCGUGCAGCCAGUCAUCGAGGCCGUGACCCCUGACGCCGGUGCGUACAUGAACGAGGCCGAUUUCCAGCAGAAGGACUGGCAAGAGACCUUCUUUGGGAUCAACUACCCCAAACUGUUGGAUAUCAAGCACAAGUAUGACCCCAACGGCUUGUUGUACAAUGUUGCCGCUGUAGGCAGUGAUGCAUGGACUGUCGACUAUUACGGAAGGAUGUGUCGGAAAUGA